CUCCAGUAGGGUUGAGGCAUGGGAGGAGCUUCCCAAACUCAAAUAAACACUGACAUCCGGCAUCUUAUGAGGAUGUGCAGCCUCCACGGGACACACUGCAACAGCCAGAAGGACAGGGACAGCUGAAACUCUCUGACAAGAUGAUCAAGUCCUUCAAGCAAACAUUUCUGUCCCUGGACCUGCAGUCCCCUCGCUGGAGACCAACAGAGUCAAUGGCAAAGGACUAUGAACUGCGUCAGUAUGAGACAGCAAAGUGGGUCAGCACAGUGGUUAGGGGGGAAACCCAGAAGGAAGCAAUGCGCCAGGGCUUCUUGAAACUCUUCCACUACAUCCAGGGAAAGAAUGAUAAAGAAAUGAAGAUUGAUAUGACUGCGCCAGUGACCUGCCUGGUGAAAUCAGGCUGCACAGACUUCAAGAUCUCUUUCUUUGUGCCAUUUGAACACCAGGACUGCCCCGCGCAGCCCACUGACUCCAACGUGUUCAUUGAGGAACGGAAGGCAGCAGCUCUCUUUGUCAGGUCCUUCGGUGGAUUUGCCUCCCCAGAGAAAUAUGCUGAGGAAGCUGAUGCCUUGGCCAGAACCUUAAGAAACAGAGGCCAAGCAUUCCAUGAAGACUUCUAUUACACUGCAGGCUAUGACAGUCCCUUCAAGCUCUUCAACAGGCAUAAUGAAGUGUGGUAUUUUAAAAAGUAACAUGAUGGGGGAAUAUUGAGAGGCUACUAAUCAGCUCUGGAUGAAAACAGACCUUAUUACUGGCUUUUGUUUUAGUGCAGAGAUUUAAUUUGCAUGUGGACACAAUGUUUAACUCUUUCUCCAGGAUGAAGUACUACUCUGGCUAGAAACAUUUCCAAAUAUAAUUCAAGAUCAUACUGGGUGGAGUGGGAGGGAAACUUAAGUUGUACUCUUUUUAUUGAAAAGUUCUAAGCCACACUAAAAAUCUGAAAGUAAUCCUGCUGAAGUUUAGUUAUGUAGCUUUACUUCUCAUUACAAGUACUACAGCACUAAUGUUGAAGUGUUAUGCAAAGGGAGUUCUUCAUAACUGACUUUCAUAACUGACUUUCCUCAUAUUGACACCACCCCUGAGAGCAGGGAGGAAUUGAAAUGAUUUCAUUUAGGGAAGCAAGCUUCCAUUAAGGAACACUAGAAAGCAGAAACAUCUUAGCAGGGCUUAGUAAUUUAAUCAGUAACUGUUAAUUAGUAUUAUCUCCCACCUCUCCAACUGAACUAUUUCCCCUCCCAAAAGCCAAAUAUUGUGUUGUUUAAAUCCAGAACCCUUGGAAAAGGGUUACUAAAUCCAAGCUGUACACUUUUUCUGAUCUGCACCUUAACACAUAUUACCAGAAUUACUGAUGCACUAUUAUUUUAGUAGCAAAUAUACAAGUACUAAGUUUAGCUCUCACUUGAAAUACUCUUGAAGUUAUUUAUAUUUGUAUGUCUAAAUACGGUCACCUGCAGCCUGCACACCAGCAGUAUUUGACACCUCUUUAAAGAGGUCUGCAGGACUAGCAUCUAAUCUAGUUUAAAUUAAGAGAGUCCCUGCUCUAAAUUAAGCCUUUUAAAUCUUAGUAUAGCAGCCUGGAGGUGUUUUACAUCGUUGUUCCAGCCAGAAAGGAUGUCACAAGACCAGGUAGAGUUUGCAGAUUUUAUUGGCUCCAAUCAGCAUCAGGCAAAUAUUACCAGUGAGGUAAAACCACACGGGCUUUUUUACAGCUGUUCAUGCAAGUGUAACCCAUUUAUCAGCAAUCUUCCCCCUAGGAAGACAGACAUAAGAACUGUUAUAAGGUACCAAACCAGCACAACACACUUGAUGGGAACAUCUCAGACCUUAGAAUUUCAUCUCUGUUCAGUGAGAGAGUUCAAGCUAAGGUUUUCAUCACUUGUUCCAAUAAAUACAUUAUUACAGCAGUUAUGCUCACCUUCUUAAUUCUUCAUAUGCUAGUUUCAGAGUUGCCUCUUCACCUAAAAUCAAGAAAACACAGUUAGCAUAUGCAGCAGCACAACUGCUAAAAGCUCCACAACAGCUUUGUAACCUCAGAUAGAAAAGGAACGGAAAGGGUGAUAUCACAGUGACUCAUUUGGCAGAAUCAAUUUCAUCAGUGGCUACAGAUAUUUCCAGAGGUUUUAAAUACAAUUUAUCUGUUGUGUGGACUCACCCUGUGAGGCUGCAGACAGCACACAGUCCAUCCCUGAGGAAGAGAGAAGUACUUUUAGAAUAACAGCAGCACUAUAUGCAAAGUUUAUUUUGUGUUUAUUAACCUGUGAAUUCCUAUCUACCAAACUAUUUUCCCUAAAAGGAAACUGAGUUUUAGCAGGCAUCUUUAACUUACAACAUCCAAAUAGGAUACACAAAGCUUAUAAAUCCUAACUUAACUGGAAAUACAGAAUUACUAACAUUGGAAGAAUCAGGGAAAGUAAAAAGCUACUAUACUUUGCUUUGUAAUACCAUCUUUCUCAACAGUGUUGUAUUUCAUGAUCUUAAAUAUCCAAAAUACAGGUCCCAUAGGUUUUCAAGAUGA